GUUUAAUGUCUAGUUUGGUUUCAAGUAUAAAAUGCCAGUGGGCAGUGACUCCAUUAAGCAUCACUAGCAAGCAAUAAAUUAGAGAUGUUAACUGACCUAGAAUGCUUUUUUUGACUGGUUGCAAUUCCACUGUGAUUAGACUGAGUUGCAUAUCUGGCUGUCAGACUGUAUGAGAAGAAACAGAGAAAUUGAAUUAAAGAAUUUUUUUUGAAUAUGCAUAAAAAGCACAACUUACCACCAAAUAAUGAGUUAAUGUAAUGUAAAUAGAAAAUAGAUAGAAAACAAAUUAAUCAAAGAAAGCAUUAAAUGUAAUGAUUACACCAUGAGUUUUCAAAGUACAGACUAUGUUGUAAUGCAAUGCAUUAUAAACUGCCCCAUCCACCUUGUUUUCAAUAUACGAGUAGUAAACUAUCAACACUGCUGCCGAUCAACCUCAGAGCUAAUUAAGGACACAAACAUCUGCUCUGAAUUUUGUUGAGAUGAUGACGAUUAUGAUAAUGAUGAUGAUGAUACAGCUCCAACCCUAUUUGGCUGGAUGUCUCAAGAAGGAGUCGACUGGAGGACAUGGCUUUCCAAUGGAUUCUCCAGUAUAGUGUUCUGCAGGGUUAGUUUUAUCCCUGAUGCUAUGAAACCAUUGAGUGGGGUCAUCCAGAAUUCUGAAGUAUAUUAUCAUCAUACUGAACAAAGGCUUAUUCAUGGCCAAAAUGCCUCUCUUUUGAAAAGUCCUCUCCUAUUUAACUAAGAACCUUUGUUCCAUACAUUAACAUUUACAUCAGGGGUAGCCAACAUGGUGGCCUCCAGAUGUUGUUGGACUACAGUUCCUAUUAUCCCUGACUGUUGGCUGUGCUGAUGCUGAUACGGCCCCUUUCUGAGCAAAGUCUGAUGGGAGUUGAGCCCUAAUUUACAUAAUGGAAUCCUUAUCCCAUUGAGAAAACCUGACAUUUUCAUGUACUGCUUAUUUCAGAAUGCUACUUGCCAACAAUAUUACCAGCCUGGAUAUCAAGAAGGUUCAUCACUAAAUAUCACUGAACAUGAAAUAUUUCAUGGCACUAACGAGGCUUGACGCUCUUGAGACCUGCCCUGACUCUACCCAGAUGGUGAGUGAUGGGCCAGUGGCUCCCCCUGUGCCAAUAGCGGCGAUAGGGACUGGAGGAGAGGUGGCGACACCCCAGACUGGAGUGACAUCAACAGCUGUGGUGGACUGCCCCGUUGCUGGUUUGGCUGCGCCGCUGGUGGGAACAGGUUGCUGGACGGGGAGGGAGCAGACGCGCAUCCUCAUAUGCGGCCACAGCAUGAUCUUCUGGGCAGCCCGGAGGGCAGCGAGGUCGAGCAUGGGCUCGCAGCUGGGCCUCAGUCAUUGGGCUACGGUACAGUGGCUUGGCCGGCGAGGAAUGCAUUGGGAGGGGCUCCUACCCACUCUGUUCCAGCAGGAUGUAGUGCGGACAACCCCGCACGUGGUGGUCAUUCACCUGGGUGGUAAUGACCUUGGUUUGCUGCAGGGCAAGGCCCUCAGGGUUCAGGCAUGUAAGGACAUGCAGGUGAUAAGGCAAAGGUGGCCUUCGGUACGUCUGCUAUGGUCAGACUUGCUCCCACGUAGGGUGUGGCGUGGGGUAUGGAAUCCAUGGGCACUCGAUAGAGCACGGAAGAAGGUCAACCGGCAUAUUCGGUUGGCUCUUCUUGGGCACGGGGAUUUAGCCAUUCCGCAUCCCCAUAUUCAGCAUUCAGAGGUUGAACUAUACAGGGCCGAUGGCGUUCACCUGUCUGAUGCAGGUAAUGACUUCUUCCUGAAAGACCUGCAGAGGUGUCUACGAGAGGUUCUUCUCGGCAGUGGGGUAAAGGGGGACUAAAUAGAGAUUUGUCCCCCUUUUUGUGGCGGGAAGGUGCGGGAAGGGAAAUAGGUAAGGACAGCUAGGUGGCCCCCUUAGGCACCUUUGGAGGUGAUUGGCGGUUUCGGAGGCCUGUCUGUCAAAGCUUUCUGGCUUGAGGGUAGGAUAUGGGGUGCCUCUGGGGCUAACUUAUCUCAUCUACCCAAGGGUUAUCCAGCCCCGGGUGGGGAUGACGUAGGAAGGCCCCCCUACUCACCUACUAGGUGUGGCCUGGGUAAAGGUAAGCACAUGGACUUGCCCUUCCUACGGCAGGGGCUGGUCGCCCGAGAGCUGUGUGGCAAGAUACUUGCUUAUAGACAGUUCCCGCACCUAGGUUUUCCUUCUGCAGGUCACUUUAAAUUGGGUUUUUGUUUAAUGUAAUUUAAUAAAGUGGCCCUUGUUCAGCCCAAGCUGACGUCUCUGUGUUUUAUUUCACCCCUCGACUGCAAAUGAAGCCUCACUCACCAUGUAACUGAUGAGUGGGGCCUAGUUGCAGUCGGAGGCGAAGCUGCUGCCUCCAUCUUCUGUAAGGGCAAAGUCACGUGUCGCAUCUAUUACGCGUGCGCGACAUGCAGCAUGAGGAGGCAGGGCUUAAGGGCCUAUUUAAGCCCAGCUGUCCUUUCCUACCCCCUUUGCUCGUGCGACGCCCACCCUGCCCUCCCUCUUUCAUGGUGUGCCUAGGGGUCGCUUCGGGGCCGAGUAGGAAUUUUUAUCCUGCCCACCCUAGUUGGCGGGCAGGUUUUUUGCCUGCUCCACACUAUGGGAGUGGGAGGGGCACGGAUUAGGGGGCGUUGCGAUCAAUAGGUGGUUUUGGCUAAUUUGGCUAAUUUGUAUUGGAGGUUAAUGCUCUACCGGGCAGAUUAUUUUAGCACUAGUGCGGGAAGGUGCGAGAAGGGAAAUAGGUAAGGACAGCUAGGUGGCCCCCUUAGGCACCUUUGGAGGUGACUGGCGGUUUCGGAGGCCUGUCUGUCAGAGCUUUCCGGCUUGAGGGCAGGAUAUGGGGUGCCUCUGGGGCCAACUUAUCUCAUCUACCCAAGGGUUAUCUGGCCCCGGGUGGGGAUGAUGUAGGAAGGCCCCCCUACUCACCUACUAGGUGUGGCCUGGGUAAAGGUAAGCACAUGGGCUUGCCCUUCCUCCGGCAGGGGCUGGUCGCCCGAGAGCUGUGUGGCAAGAUACUUGCUUAUAGACAGUUUCCGCACCUAGGUUUUCCUUCUGCAGGUCACUUUAA